AUGAGUCUGACUAGAGAGAAACCACAUCAGUGCUCUGAGUGUGACAAAAGCUUUACAUAUAAAUCACUUCUUCUCACACAUCAGAGGCGUCACACAGGAGAGAGACCAUAUAAAUGCUCUGAAUGCAGCAAGUGUUUUACCCAAAGUUCACAUCUUGUUAUACAUCAGAGGAGUCACACAGGAGAGAAACCAUAUAAAUGCUCUGAAUGCAGCAAAGGUUUUUCCCUGAAGUUAAAUCUUGAUACCCAUCAGAGGUGUCACACAGGAGAGAAUCCAUUUAAAUGCUCUGAAUGCAGCAAAGGUUUUUCUGUGAAGUAUAAUCUUGUUAUACAUCAGAGGAGUCACACAGGAGAGAAGCCAUACAAAUGCUCUGAAUGCAGGAAGUGUUUUUACCGAAAGUCACAUCUCGUUACACACCAGAGGAGUCACACAGGAGAGAAUCCAUAUAAAUGCUCUGAAUGCAGCAAAUGUUUUACCCAAAAGUCACUUCUUGUUAUACAUCAGAGGAGUCACACAGGAGAGAAGCCAUUUAAAUGCCCUGAAUGCAGCAAAUGUUUUACCCAAAAGUCACUUCUUGUCAUAAAUCAGAGGAGUCACACAGGAGAGAAACCAUAUAAAUGCUCUGAAUGCAGCAAAUGUUUUACCCAAAAGUCCCCUCUUGUUAUACACCAGAGGAGUCACACAGGAGAGAAACCAUAUAAAUGCUCUGAAUGCAGCAAAUGUUUUACCCAAAACUGCUGGAUGAGGAAACAUCAGAGGCGUCACACAGGAGAGAGACCAUAUAAAUGCUCUGAAUGCAGCAAGUGUUUUACCCAAAGUUCACAUCUUGUUAUACAUCAGAGGAGUCACACAGGAGAGAAACCAUAUAAAUGCUCUGAAUGCAGCAAAGGUUUUUCCCUGAAGUUAAAUCUUGAUAACCAUCUGAGGUGUCACACAGGAGAGAAUCCAUUUAAAUGCUCUGAAUGCAGCAAAGGUUUUUCUGUGAAGUAUAAUCUUGUUAUACAUCAGAGGAGUCACACAGGAGAGAAACCAUACAAAUGCUCUGAAUGCAGGAAGUGUUUUUACCGAAAGUCACAUCUCGUUACACACCAGAGGAGUCACACAGGAGAGAAUCCAUAUAAAUGCUCUGAAUGCAGCAAAUGUUUUACCCAAAAGUCACUUCUUGUUAUACAUCAGAGGAGUCACACAGGAGAGAAGCCAUUUAAAUGCCCUGAAUGCAGCAAAUGUUUUACCCAAAAGUCACUUCUUGUCAUACAUCAGAGGAGUCACACAGGAGAGAAACCAUAUAAAUGCUCUGAAUGCAGCAAAUGUUUUACCCAAAAGUCCCCUCUUGUUAUACACCAGAGGAGUCACACAGGAGAGAAACCAUAUAAAUGCUCUGAAUGCAGCAAAUGUUUUACCCAAAAGUCAGUUCUUGUUAUACAUCAGAGGAGUCACACAGGAGAGAAACAAUUUUAA